AUGGCCCCCUCCGCGAGCGCCCAGGGCCCCGGGGGCGCCGCUGCUGCUGCCAGCCGAGCAGCAGCAGCACGCGAACAUGUGCUGGCAGCAACGCGGGACUACCGCGUGGCCCCGCGGCUGGACUACCGCACAGUUGCUGCAGUGGAGGGGCCGCUGGUGAUCCUCGACGACGUCAAGUUCCCCAAGUACUCCGAGAUCGUCACUGUCCACCUCGGCGACGGCAGCACCCGCGAGGGCCAGGUCCUGCUGCUGCUGCUGCUGCUGCUGCUGCUGCUGCUGCUGCUGCUGCUGCUGCUGGACCCCCCUUGCAGCCCCUCGUUGGAACCGCCUUCGCAAGCCGGUGCCAGUGCUUUGCGCAAAUGGAAGCCCCGCGGCGUCUCCGCCGACUGCGUGCCUCUUUUCUGCUGCUGCUGCUGCUGCUGCUGCUCCGCUGCUGCUGCUGCUGCUGUUGCUGCCCCCCCCUUGCAGCCCCUCGUUGGAAGCGCCUUCUCGAGCCGGUUUAAGGAAUCCGCGUCUCCUUGCUGCUGCUGCUUGGCUGCUGCUUUGCUGCUGCUGCUGCUGCUGCAGGUGUUGGAGGUGAAGGGUCGGCGGGCGGUGGUGCAGGUGUUUGAGGGCACAGCGGGGAUCGACAACCGGCGUUGCCACGCGGAGUUCAGCGGCGACGUGCUGAAGAUGGGCGUGAGCGAAGAGCUGCUGGGGCGGGCCUUCGACGGCAGCGGCCGCGCCGUGGACAGGGGGCCCCCCGUGUUGGCGGAGGACUUUUUGGACUUGAACGGAUUUCCGAUAAACCCGCAGUGCCGCGUCUUCCCCCGCGAGAUGAUCCAGACUGGGCUGAGUGCCAUAGACGUGAUGAACAGCAUAGUCCGCGGCCAGAAGAUCCCCCUCUUCUCUGCUGCAGGCCUUCCUCAUAAUGAGAUCGGGGCGCAGAUCUGCAGACAAGCCAGCCUCGUUGCGGGAAAAGAUGUCAAAGACCACUCCCAAGACAACUUCGCAGUGGUCUUCGGCGCCAUGGGAGUCAACGUGGAGACCGCGCGGUUCUUCCGGCGGGACUUCGAGGAAAACGGAAGCAUGGAAAGAGUUUGCCUCUUCUUGAACUUGGCCAACGACCCCACCAUAGAGCGGAUAGUGACUCCGAGAUUAGCUCUAACAGCAGCGGAGUUCUUGGCUUUUGAAAAGGAAAUGCAUGUCUUUGUAAUCCUCACUGACAUGGCGGCGUAUGCAGAUGCUCUUAGAGAGGUCUCAGCCGCCAGAGAAGAAGUCCCGGGAAGAAGAGGCUACCCCGGCUACCUCUACACGGACUUGUCUUCGAUUUACGAGCGCGCGGGCCGCGUCGAAGGCCGCGGCGGCUCCGUCACGCAGUUUCCGAUCUUGACGAUGCCCAACGACGACAUCACUCACCCCGUGCCGGACUUGACGGGGUACAUCACAGAGGGGCAGAUCUUCGUGGACAGAGCUCUUCAUAACAGGCAAAUUUACCCUCCAAUUAAUGUUCUUCCUUCUCUUUCGAGGCUCAUGAAGAGCGGCAUUGGACACGGCAUGACUCGGGAUGAUCAUCCUGCUGUUUCCGAUCAGUUGUACGCGAACUACGCAAUUGGCCAAGACACGCGGGCGAUGAAGGCGGUGGUGGGGGAGGAGGCGCUGUCAGCCGACGAUAUGCUUUACAUGGAAUUCACUGACAAGUUCGAACGCCGCUUUCUGCAGCAAGGUCCUUACGAGGGCCGCGACGUCUUCCAAAGUCUGGACAUCGCCUGGGAGCUGCUGCGGACUUUUCCCGAAGACAUGCUCAAGAAGAUCCAGCAGCAGCUCCUCGCCAAGUACUACCCGCGCACCAAGUACAUCCAGGCCCAGGCCGCGGACAAGCGGCAGCCCCCGCAGCAGCAGCAGUGA